GUUACUCUACUCCACACUACACGCCAAAACACCCGGGGAACUCAGAAGGAAGAACGGAGGGACUGGAACAAGAGGGAAAGAGGAUCCUGAGGCCCUGUACCUCCACCGCGUCUUAGUAGUUAGCUUACUUGUUGCGGUUAAUCAAAUGCUGAGGACAAAAAAAAAAAUAGGAAACAUCACCAGUCCCGAGUUCAGGGCCGUUCAGUUGACAUUCCACGAAUUCUCCAUCGUCCUCAGCUCUCCUCAUUUGACUCACCUCAAACUUGCUGAGCUCAUCAUUGCAGAAUAUGCCUAUCCAGUGGCCAAUGGUGAGGACGGUGUGGACUUUUCUUCCCCCGACUGCAACCUUCCUCAGUCACAGUCGGCUUUGAACCGCCCUAUACAGGACCUCCGGUUGGACAUAAACACGACAUCCGAUGUGGUCGUUAUGGACCUGAUUGCAACCUCACGAUAUCCUAUCAACUUUCAGCAGUGAAUAUGCCGAGGAUGAACAUGUAUAUCGUUUCCAGUGGUUCCUAGACUGCGAUGCUGUGAAAUCCGCGCAAAGGAUACACCUCGGUGACAAUGACAAGUAUUUUUUUCACUGACUCAGAUAGCAGCGAAUUCGACCCAC